CCUUUUUACACUACAAGAUGCCUCCUCUCCAGGCACUAGUGAGACACGGCAUUACUGCAUUGAUCCUGGGGCUCUGCCUACAACUAGUCAUUGGGCAGAAUGAACAGAACCGGAUGCCACUUAUUGUGAGCCUGGCUCCAAUACCAGAUGGUAAAUCAAUGGAACCAACUGAAGUCACAUGUAGUGUUUCAACUGAACUGAGAGAAUGCCUGCCAAUGAAAGUCAGUAUUUCAAGCAACAAACCCCUUAACUGUGAUCCUCCACCUUAUGACCAAGAAGCCUGUAUAUGUCCUGAGGAUCUUCCACGUAAAUUCUUCUUUAAUGUGUGCAGCAAAGGCAAUGUAUCUUUGACCUGCAUGGCUGUGGCAAUUAAUGAAAAAAACAUCUGUGAACCUGGAAAAGGUGUGUUUCCAAUAAAUGGCUUCUUUUAUUACCACAGGAGACCAUACAAAGUAACAACCUAAAGUGAAAUCCUGUUCUCUCUUUCUCUGGCUGGUCACCCUAUGGCAUAUUAUCUUCGGAUUAAGUGUCUGAGGCCAGUAUAGUCUCUGAGAUGAACAUCCCACAAAUUUCUCUGCCUGGCUGGGUUAUUCGAAUCAUGUUUUGUUUUAUUUGCUUCCCCCCACAAUACCUUCACUUACACACACCUUCAAUAAAGUUCAUUGCU